AUGGGUUUAAGUCUUCUCAAUAAACUUUCUUCUGCAGGACAUAGUUGUUGGCCUCAAAUUUGCUUCCAGGUUGAUUUUGAACACAGAGAUUUGAGUAUUUUGAAAGGGUUUGCCAACUAUGAUCAGUUUCCACCUUUACCAACUGGCGAGAAAAUUUUACCACCAACACCCAAAUUUGAUAGACUUGUCUUGGUACUAAUUGAUGCAUUAAGAAGGUAUGCAAUACUUAACAUUGCAGAUUCUGAUACAUCUUCCACAUUAAAAAAUAGUGAUAACUGGUUAGUUCAGAUGAAAAUUAAUGGAAAUAAUAAAUCUAUUUCUUUUUUUGGUGAUGACACUUGGAUAAAAUUAUUUCCAGGAAUUUUUGAUAUAACAGAUGGAACAACAUCUUUUUUUGCAACAGAUACAGUUGAAGUUGAUUUAAAUGUCACAAGAAAUAUUAAACCACAGUUAUUAUCACAAAGCUGGGAGGUUUUGAUAUUCCAUUACCUUGGAUUAGACCAUAUUGGACAUUCAAGUGGUCCACAUAGUCCUCUUAUGAGACCUAAGCAGCAUGAAAUGGAUAAAGUAAUAAAAACUAUAUUUGAAAUAAUUAAGGAUCAAGAUAGCAAAAGAUUAAACAAUAAUCCAAAUUCUAAACCCACUCUUCUUGUAUUGUGUGGAGAUCAUGGAAUGAAUGAGGCAGGAAAUCAUGGUGGAUCAUCUGCUGGUGAAAUUUCAACAGCAUUACUUUUCAUAAGUUUUGAAAAAUUAAGGCUCCUGCAAUUGAAUUCAUAUCAACUUGCAGGAAUAUUAAAAUCAACAUGGAAAUCAUUUGAUCGUAAUCCGGACAUUUCGAAUGAACCAAGUAAAGAUAUCUGUAGUGCUAUUCCUAAUAAUGAUCAAGAAAGAUUACAAUGUUUCUUUAAUUUGGGAUAUUAUUAUCACAAAAAAGCACUGUUUACUCAAGACAAAGAUCAUAUUCAAAAGGCAUUCUCCAGUUAUGAUAAAUUCAUAAAUGAAUCUAGGAGAUUUUCAGUAAUAUGGUUUGCAAUGAUUGGAAUGAACCAUUAUCAUAAUCGUCACCAUAUUUCUAAUCAAUCAGAAGCAGAAUUAUUUUCUGUGAUUGGAACUUUAGUAUUUUGUAUAACAAUGUUUGCUAGUAGUUAUAUAGAGGAGGAGCAUCAGUUUUGUUUAAAUAGUUCCGGAAAAAUGAAAUCCAAUAAUAAGUUAUUAUUGUUUUUAAUUGGACAAUUAGUACUCGUACGUUUUAUAAGAAUUUGGAAUCAAACUGGGAAUUCCAAUUCAUUAGCUUCAAUUGAUAUUAGUAAUGCGUAUACUGGAGUUGAAGAAUAUAAUUAA